GCAAAGAUUCCGUGACCGGCCGUGUGCAUGAUUGUAAUUGUGUGGGGAUCUUCGCGUGUAUUGUUAACUGACUGGAUAUGGAUGGAGCUCAAUUUCUGCUGAUAUGCCAGAGUGAAUUCAUUGAAAGAGUAGACAGUAAUAACCGUCGUUUCCAAUAUUCCGAGGAUUCAUCCUGACCCUUUACUAGUUCGGCGAAAUAGCCAAUAUAAUGUAGGCCUACACUAGAUACAGAGUACAGAGACUGGAACUUUAAUAUUUUUGGUCUAUUGAGUAUUGUACUGUAAUACAAUACAAUUUGUAUUGGGAUUGAAACUUGAAAGAGCUAUACUAUAGCAUAGCAGGUGCCUUGGUGGUGCUGAAUCUGGACUGGAGUACCGUUCGCCGACCGUUCGUUGGAAACUAAAAGUAAAAAGGGGUAAUACUGAACUCCCCGAUCCCUUCCAAGUUCCAGUUUCAUUGAGUGAGAAGUAAUUUUGAUCGCACAGCCACACUUUUGGAAGAAAUCUUUCUCUAUGCUAUUUCAUGUGUGUUUAUUGCCACUUCACGAUGGCUACUGCUACCACAGAGACAAGGAAAAUGAGGCCAAAACGACCAGAUUUCACAACUGAAAGCUACUGGAAUGAAAGAUUUCAAGGGGAGGAGUCAUUCGACUGGUUGUUGGAGUAUCAACAAUUUAGUCAUCUUGUGGAAAAAUAUGUGGAUAAACACGAAAGAAUACUCAUGCUAGGCUGUGGUACUAGCACGCUCAGUCUGGAGAUGUACGAGGAUGGAUAUCACAACAUCGUCAACGUAGAUUUCUCAUCGGUAUGCAUUGAGAAGAUGAAAGAGAAACAUGAACAUUGUCCAACCAUGGAGUGGAUGGUGAUGGAUAUCAAAGAUUUAAAAUUUCCAGAUUGUAGUUUCGAUGUUGUGUUGGAAAAGGGAACCUUAGAUGCUCUUGUUGCUAAUGAGAAGGAUCCUUGGAAUAUUUCAGAAGAGGGCUUUGAUGUCAUGAAUCAGUCACUCACACAGGUGAGCAGGGUUUUGAAGCCAGCUGGACGCUUCCUCUCGCUUACCUUCGCACAGCCGCAUUUCAGACGCCCUCUCCUUGCAAGGAGCGUCUUCAAAUGGGACAUUGAGUUGGUGAUACUUGGGGAACAGUUCCACUUCUUCUUCUUUGCCAUGGAGAAAGGUAAAGAAAUGAGUGCCAAAGAUAAGGAACUUGAAAAGAAGACGAUGUUGAAGAUGCAGUCCUACGCAGAAGAAGCUACAAUAGUAAAACAUGUUGGGGAGGAAGAGAAUGAGCUUACCUUUCUGAAUGCUUUCCAGUCAUGACAGGAGAAUUGGAGCCUAAUGGAACAGCUUUAUUAACUUAACGAAAUUUGAACUAACAUUGGUGGAAAAAGCAAUAUGAACAUAAUAUGGUGAAUUGUGGAUACAUUAAAUUAAUAAUAAUAAUCAGCUUUUAUAUAGCGCUUAAUACAUCAGAACGACGUCUCUCUAAGCGCUUAACAUAUAUAUUAUUAUCCCAGUCAUAGGAUCCUGGCAUGCCCGCACACAAUGUUCGUAUCUUCUCCACUCCAUGGGGAGCAUUCCAACAAGAGUUCCAAGACUCGACUUCCAAGCAUACUACAUCUAUAGGCUUUCGCAUCCUACCGGGUACCCAUUUAACACCUGGGUGAAGAGUGGCAAAGUGUGGAUUGACGUCUUGCCAAAGGACGCUAUAGGCCAUAGUGGGAUUUGAACACACGACCCUCUGAUUAUUGCAAGGCGAGAGUCAGAACCACUACACCACGAUGCUUCCACGAUAGAAUUAAGUCGAUAUUUAAUUAAUGUGCUAUAAUUAUCACUUGUUGCAAUUGUUUGAUCCUAUUCUACAGAAGAAUGUACAUGUACAAUAUUCUAAAAUCUGUUGAGGAGGAGAAGAAUAAGCUCACCUUUCAUUGAAUGCCUUCGAGUUGUGACAGAGGAGUUUAAUACAGUUGGGUUAGCAUUAAGAAUUUGUUUGCCCUCUGAAGUAACUUCAACUUCAACAAAUUUGAACUUCCAUGGUGUAAAAGGCAAUAUAAAUUAACAAGUUUUAUUGUGGUUACAGAUAUCUAAUCUAAUGCGUAUUAUACAGUGCGUCCCAGAAAAAAUGAAACCGAGAUCAAGCGAUGAUUUAUCAUAGCUUAAUCACAAAUACAGUAGACAAAUGACCUACCAAUAUAAAGCUUAGAAUCUCCUCUUUCAUCUGAUAUUGCUUAGAGUAUUCCUCAUUCAGGCAUGAGUGAGCAAAAACAAUUUGAAGAAAGGAUACCAAAAACUCAUUUGGCGGGGGGUAUCUGAAUUUCAAACAGAAAAUCACAUGCCUAAAAAGUUUAAUAUCUGCUCUUUUAUUUGAUACCUUAAUCACAAAAAUGGUCAAGAAGUAAAAAAGUUAUGUUCCCUCGAAACAAUGCUUGUAUUUCCAUAAUUUAAUUAAAUAAACGUGUUUUCACCGGUUUCCCACAGAAGCUAUCGCAUGGUUAACAAAAGACUUAAUGUAUGGCUGAUCGUCAACAAAACGUAGUGUCGAGCGAAUUUGAACGCUAGCUUGUAAAACCUCUUCAUUUUAUGAAAUUAUUGAAAUUCAAGCCUUAUUUCAAAUAACCAGAACUUUGUUAUUUCUUGACCAUUUUCUAUAAUUGAGGUAUCAAAUUAAAGAGCAGAUAUUGAACUUUUUAGGCAUGUGAUUUUCUGUUUGAAAUUCAGAUACAGCCCGCCAAAUGGCUUUUUGGUAUCCCAUCUUCAAAUUGUUUUAGCUCACUCAUGCGUGAAUGAGAAAUAAUCUAAGUAAUUUCAGAUGAAAGAGGAGAUUCUAAGCUUUACAAUGGUAGGUCAUUUGUCUAUUGGAUUUGUUAUUAAGUUAUGAUAGAUCAUUGAUAAAUCUCGGUUUCGUUUUUUGUGGGACGCACUGUAUAAUGAUUCAAGGAUACAGCCAGUAGACAGUGAAUGUGUAGCAAGUCACAUGUCCUUGCUUUAUUCUACGCAACCUCUCAAUCGUACAUUAUUUGUGCAGCACUGUGCACUUUGGGUGCAUCAUUUUACCCAUAGUGCAUAAAAACUGAGACGCCAUCAGAAAUGUUAUCAAGGAUUUAGAUGCACUUAUAUAGGCACACAUACUACUGUAGAUACGCCUGUGAAGUCAUAAUUAAAAGCAGAUGCGAUCCUCAAAAAUUUGAACAACCUUUCUAGUACCUGUUUAAAAAAAAAAAUAAUGCACAUUUUAAAAUUUAUGAUUUUAUGGACAAUGCAGGCAUCUCAAAUCAAAAGCACGAGGCGAGUUACAUGUUGCAAAUACCCUCAGACGUGCUGCAUCGUCACAACACACUCAUAAAUGUGCAUUAUUUGUGUCAUAUCACUUGUUGCUACAAUAUUUUGCAAUAUAUGUCAAUGGGAUCUAGAUCCUUGCAAUUUGAGUGGUUGUUUCAUAGUUAGCCCAUAUUACACAGACGUCAUGGUCAGUGCAAUUUUGACUCUAUUCAUUGUGCAAAUCUGGAUUCAUAUGAUUUUGUUAAAAACACUUGCGUUUGCUGGGUGUGUAACUCUGUAUUUAUCCGGCAAUCAACAGACCAGUCUCACUCUGCUGCAUGCGCUGCAUUCAUAAAUGUCAAAUGACAAGGAUCUAAUUUUAGAUGAUGAAUAAAACAAAUAAUGAUUUUUUUUUCAUUUGUGCAAUGGACAGAAUAAUUCAUUCUGUGAAAGAUGAAAUGAUUCAUUCACCUCGUGAAAUAUUCCGUCCAUUGCACUCGUACACAUUCUUUAUUUGUAUACCAGAUAAUGCAACAGGAGAACUUGUCGAGGACAGAUAAGGAUGAACUUACCCGACUGAAUUCCUUCCAGUUAUUACUAGGAAAACUUGAGCUUAAUACAAAUGGUUUUAUAAAUAUAAGAAGAAUUUAUUAGGACUUCUGAAAUAGCUUCAACUUCAACAAAUUUAAAAUUAUAUUGUUGUACAUGUAAAAGGCAAUGGAAUUAAAGGGAAAUUCAACCCAAAUGAAAAAAAAACGCUUUUAGAGGAAAACUAAAAAAUCAGGCAAAAUGUGAAAAUUGAACAAUAUUGGACUACCAUAACGAUAAGAAAGUUAUGAAUAUUUAAGAGUUGUAAAAAUUGGUAAUCACAAUACCCAUACCAUUUUCUUUCAAACUUUCACCAUUCUGUUGACUUAUUUUUCUCCUCUCUCGUACAACAUUUUAUGACCAAGGAUGUAUUCCCCUUUAACAUAGUGUUUUGUGGAUACCUCAGCAGGUGUUAUAUGAUAGUACAGGUCGCUUUUAUUAUCCAAAAUACCGUACCUUUAAUAGCAGAUCAUGAACAACAAAAUUUCAAAUCGCUUUGCCAGAUUUUGAAGUGUUCAAAAAGGACAUUGAUUACAUAGCAAUGGCUUCUUCCUAACUUCCAAGUUUAUAGCUGAAAAAUGAACAGAUUUGCAGGUUUGAUUUGUGAAUGAGUAUGAUGAAACGGGUCUUUUGUAUUUUUUUAUUUUGAAAAAUAGCAUGCCUAAAAAUUGACACCUUGUUGAAAUUCCCAAAGGCAUUUGACAUAGGAUAUGCCAUUAAUCAGUAAUUGUUAUUCAGUGGCAAUAUGGAAGUAUUAAUUUUUUUUUUUACAAUUGAUGUAAUAAUUUUCCUAUUUGGUGCUCUAUAAAUCAGGAAUAUACUGCUGAAAAUUGUAAACUUUGGCUGUAUGGAAGUAUUCAUUCUUUUCUAUUAUAUAUAGGCCUACUGGAUAUUGUAAUACAUCAAUGUAUUGAUAUGACUAUGACAUCAUUUUACUUUAAUACAGGUAUCUUUGCCUGUAAGUCAAAUCUUUUUGGACCACAGAAAUUCAUUCGUAAUUUGGCUUCUCACCUGGGUCCUGUUUCACAAAGACUUGGUUCAAUAACAAAUGCCCAGUUUCUAUAACAAGUAAACUAUUAGCCAAUCAGAUCGAAGGAUCUCAGUAGCUUGUAACUGUUAUUGCAAAUAGGUUAUUAUAACAAGUUUUAUGAAACAUGCCCAGACACAGGAUUUGGAGAUUAGUCUUCAAACUAGACAUGGCAUAAUUUAUUAAAGUGUAAAAUUUUUGAAUUGUGUUAAUAUAAAAUAAGCAAGUAAUAAAUCAUUUUAUUCACUAUUUCAGGGUAUACUAAA